AUGGGCUCGGAGGCUUGGGAACUGGAGCGGAGGUACUCGGUGCCCGGGGCCCUCGAUACGCGAGGCCUCGAGCCGGCCGGGGCACCAGCCAGCGAGGACCUACACGCCUGGUCGAUCUACAGGCAAAACUUGAACUCGGAUUUCACGGACUCGGCGCUGGGUUCGGCGGAAAAGUCGCCCCUGCCGUACGGCAACUUCCAGCUGCGCGACUCCACGGUCCAGAGCAUCCUGCGUCACCCGCGCUACGGGCCCCGCAGCCCCCUGGCCAACAACUCGUACACCUACCUGAAGUUCGGCUUGCCCCGGGUGUUGCCGCCCUCGAGCUCCCGAGCCCCGGGGAGGGACGCCGGCUCCAGCGGCUACGACUCGAGCGAGGAAAGGGCCGUCCAAGCCGCCGCCGCCGGGGGCCGGCUCUCCGCCCUCCCGCCCAUGCGCUCCGCCCGCAGUGACCCCGACUUCCGCGUCGCCCUAACGGCCAAGAGCCGAGACAACCACUCGCACAUCGGACUGCAGCAGCAGCACUACGUGCCGAGUGGGCAUCACCACCACCACCAGCACCAGCACCACCACCACCAUCCCCCGCAUCAUCACCACUUGAAGCCAGUGAGCCGGGAGUCACGUAUGCGCAGCGUGAGCGAGGCGAACCUGUUGCAAUCGACGAGCGGGGGGGCGUACGGGGUCGUGUCCUCGCCCCGUUCGGUGGCCAAUCGCCGGCACAGCAUAGCGCCCAUCGACCCCGGCCUCGUGUACGAGCGUCACCCCAUCCAUCAUCACCACGCAUCGGGACAGCAUCAGGUGUUGCAGCAGCAGCUGCCGAUCGUCCAGUCGUCGCCGGUACACCAGUCGCCGCCCCACCGACCCCACCUCCAACUGCGCUCCGUCGAGGCCGUUGGGCCCAACGCCAAGAACGGAACCGUCCACCUGAGGGGCCUGAGCCUAGAAGCCGGUGCCGGGGACGUCCUGGCCGUGAUGUCGACCAGCGAGAAGGAGGGCACCCUGAUAAUGGAGACCAUCGUGGGCAGGAAAAAGAUCAAACGGGGCGAGAUACUCCUCAACGGCAGGACCGUGUCCCCGAAAACCCUCAGAUCGACGGUGGCCUACCUGUCGGCGGAGACACCCGAGGCCGGCCUGAGUCCCGAGCUCACGGCCCUGCAGUGCUUGAGCUUCUACAGGCUGUUGCGGGGCGCCGCUGGUGUGUCGCCCCUCGAGGCCGAGGCGAUCCUCCAGGAGCUCGGGCUCGACGCCACGAAGCACUGCCUCGUCUCGAGCCUCACGUGUUCCGAGUCGCGGCGCCUGGCCCUCGCCUGCCGGCUCAUCGAGGGCACCCAGAUCCUGGCCCUCGACAGGCCCACCCGGGGCCUCGACAUCUUCGACGCGUUCUUCCUCGUCGAGUACCUCAGACAAUGGGCCCUCCGCGCCCACCGGCUCGUCGUUCUCACCCUACACCCACCCACCUACGAGGUCCUCUCCAUGCUCUCGAGGAUCGCCCUCACCUCCGGCGGACGGCUCAUGUACUCCGGCCCGAGGCGCGACAUGCUCCCCUACUUUGCCCUCGCCGAGUUUCCCUGUCCGCCCUUCAAAAAUCCCUCCGACUACUACCUCGACCUGGUGACGCUGGACGAUCUGUCGAACGAGGCGAUGCUCGAGUCUUCGCAGCGCAUCGACCACCUGUCGGAGCUCGCGAGGGUGCGCCUGUUGGCUCCCAGCGAUCCGGGCCCACCCGGUUCCCUGCCCACGACCAACACGGGCGCCGGUCUCCUCGGCCAGGUCUACGCGUUGCUCGGCCGCAAGCUCGUCUACAGUCAGCCGUGGAGCUGCGUCGGGCUGCUCCACCGGAUCCUCGUCGGGCUCUCCAUCAGCGUCCUACUCGGGGCUGUGUUCUGGGACGUGGCGGCCGACGCGAACCUCCACCUCAGGGACAGGAUAGGCUUUCACUACGCGAGCUUGGGUGUCUUGUUUUGGCCCCUCGGGCUCCUAGCGGCUGUCGAGGUUCUCAGAGACCGGCCGAUCGUCGAGAGGGACAUCGGGGACGGCCUCUACAGCCGGCUCGCUUACAUCGUCGUUGAGCUCGUGUGCAACCUGCCCGGCUGGGCUUUGGUGUACCUGGCGUACCUGGGUCCGGCGUACGUGAUGACGGGCCUUCACGCGAGUUCCUCGUCCACAGCCCAGACGAUGGACUCGGUGGCUACGUCCGCGCUGCCUCCCACGGUGACGGCUUCGGCAACAACGGCCGACGACAACUUUGACGGCACGUGGCGCUACCUGAGGAUCGGUCUCGUCUACCUGCUGUUCCAGCACUUUGUCUGCGUCCUGUUGGCGCGCCUCUGCGCGAGUACCUGGUCCUUCCUCGCGCUCCUUCUGUCGGGCCUGUUGAUCGGCGAGGCGACGCUCGGCGCCGGCGUCACCAUCCACCUCGGCAACCUGUACUCCUGGUACGGCUGGACGAGUCCGCUUAGGUGGGCCCUUGGGCUCCUCCUGCCACCCUUGUACAGUCCCGAGGCGCUGUUGAAGCUCAAAAAUUGCAAGGCCAAGCAGAUACAGCGCCAGGACAUCAUAACGCAGAGCGCCUGCGAGACCCCGGACGGUGACUUGGCUCUCAGGGAAAUCGGCCUGGGCGGCUUGCACGGGCCCCACGAGGACUGGUUGCUCGCUUGUCUCGGCGCUGUGAUUUUCGCCAGUGUGCUAGCCUUCCUCCUGGUGAGGCACUCGUCGAGCAAAAACUCGCUCAAGAGCAUGCCCAACAAGCCAUAG